AGUCCGCGGCCGCCGUCUCUGUGCCCUUCCCAUCCCUUCCGCCCUUCGCUACUCCCCAGUCCCCAGUCCCCCCUCCCGGCUCCCGGGCAAAAAAAAAAAAAAAAAAAAAAAACACGCCCCAUCGCUGCGCAGCACGGCGCGGCAGUAUAGGAAAACGCACUGGUUCCAUUCCAGGUCAAAACUUACGGCGCGCUGCGAAGGGAGUCGGGCGCGGUGGGGUGUAGCAUGAGGGAGCAGCAGGGUUCCGGCGACGUGGCGGGGCGCCGGGGCGGGGUCAUCAGGUCCCUGCUGGGCGUCGAGCGCCGGCUCGCGGAGGGCGACGCCGAGGGGGCGGUCGGGGUCUCCUCAGGCAAGCAGCCGGCGACCGAGGGCGGUGGCGGUGGCGGUGGCGAGGAAAGGAAGGCCGUGGUGAGGGUGGUGGCGGCCGACAUGCCGCCCGCGCUGCAGCGCCGCGCGUUCCGCUGCGCCCGCGACGAGCUCGCCGCGAUGCCGCACUUCCCGCGCCGGCUCGAGCCCAAGCGCCUCGCGCUCGCGCUCAAGAAGGAGUUCGAUGCUGCUUACGGGCCAGCUUGGCACUGCAUCGUGGGGACGAGUUUCGGUUCAUAUGUCACGCACGCCCGGGGUGGAUUCUUGUAUUUUUCCGUCGAUAAGGUCUACAUCCUGCUCUUCAGGACAGCCGUGGAGCCCUAGCCGCAUUGACGGCCACCAGCCUACCAGCAAUGGACAAAUGGUUCAUAAAAAUGCCCAGUUCUUGGGAUAGCUCACACCAAAUUCAGUUGUUCAGUCAGCUAGGCCGAGGCCUUGUAACUUGUAAAUUGCAUUGUUUCUUCGAAGGCAAAUGGAAACUCCUUGUGUUUCUGAUAAAA